UCACCUUACAGUUUAUAUCAAAGUUAUAAGUCGCGUUCACUAAACAUAAAACAACUACAAACAUCACACAAGUAACAGUGUAAAAGUGUCCAACACAGCAAUAGCUGCCAACAUGUCAAGCGUAUUAAAGCCUCUUUUUUAUUCUUUAGCAUAAUGAAUAACCAAAACUCUACAUCAAAGUCAGAAAAACAGAAAAGGCCCAGUUUACAUUCAUUAAGAGGAGACUACGCUAUUCCAGAGCCAGUCAAGAAGAAAUUUGGGCUUGAUACAUUAUUGAAGACCAAUGCAGGCUCUUGGACGAAUCCAGGGGCCCUGAUUGAUGCAUACUUUAUGAACUGUUUAACUUGGGAACCUUCAUCCAGAAAGUUUUUUGAAGCGCUAUCGAUUGGUUUGCAGAAAUUUGGUAGCAGUGGUUCUGAAACUCUCAAAGCAAGGAAAUAUGCUCUGGAGGUAUCGACUUUUAUUAAUUCUGCAGCCGUCAUCAACAAAAGCAAAGUAUAUUAUCAGCUAAUGGCAGCCAAAGCAGAAGCAGAAAGGCAAGAGAUUCUUGCUAAACUUCAUGGUGAAGCCGCUGGUGCUGCCUUUGCUAGCGUGGGAGCAAACAAGCUGAGAAAAAGAGCCUUGGAUCAACUUUUUGCUGAUGAAGAAAGUGAGAAUGACGUGCCUCUAGAUGAAGCUUUGAUUACCACACCGAAAAAGACCAAGGAGACAUCGUUUGUGAUUAAUAAGGGUGGACAUUCGUAUCAGCUGUACACACCGACGAAAGAGUUCUUCUGUUCACCUCAAAAACCAAUCAUUGAGCACACUGAUAGGCUCACUUGCUCCCAGUACUUUGAUUUACGUUUGAGCACAGAUACAGUCAGUAAAUGCAGUGACGGUCUGGAGAAAGAAUAUCAGGAUCAUGUUAGAGAAAUGAGAGUCAAUAGCUCAUUGAUAUCGGUUUCGAGCGACAAUUAUGUCCAAUUCAACAAGCAACUCUAUGACGUUGAUAUGUCCAACUUUUCUCAGGAGAUCUUUCAUAUUGAUCAGAGGCAUAUACACCACCGCCGCCAAUAGCACCUUUAUUGCUUUCUUAAAGCAAUUUUACAACAACCUAUGCAUUUGUUGGAAUGAUCCUCAAGAUUAUCAACAAGGUGGCGAGAGAACCCUUUUUUCUGAAGUUUUUUUACAACAAUUUAAGCUCUUCGCCAAGAUGACAAA